AUUACCAGGGAGAGAAAGAAGUUUGCGCUCGGUGUUACAACAGUAGCCAGUAAAGAAGGUCACGUUGUACUUACAUUUGCUGGUGAAGUUUAAGAUUUGGGCGAUAAUAACAGUGGACAAGUCCUGGACGUUUGAGGGGAUGACUGGGAGCAAACAUUACUUUGAGGCAAAGUUGGCUUGCGCUUGUUAAACUGUCACCAGGCACGGAAGAGUAUGAAUUGUACUGGGGAGCGCACGCUUUGAUCAGCCCUCAUUUAAAGGUUGAAUGUGGGAGUAGCUGGAAAAUAAGAGCCUUUCAGAAGACUGUGGAUUCUUCUGCUGUGUCCAGUGUCAUGAAACUUAAUCCACAGCAAGCCCCGUUGUGUGGCGAGUGUGUCCUCACCGUGCAGCUGUGUCGUGAUGAGCUCCAGGGGGAUCGGGCGCAAUCGGAUUUCUACCUGCUCUUCAGAGGCUCCACCCAGAGGCACCUGGCCAGCACCCGCAGGAUCAGCCCUGACACCCUGCAGGCAGUCUGUCCCUCUCACGAUCGCUGCGAGCCUGUCCAGGUGACCCUGUUCGCCUUGAGGUUGGGUCACCCUGCAGCCCUUGUGGCGCAGGCCGGCUUCUCCUUCACGCAGGACCUGGCUUUCAACAAGGAACAGCUCCCAGUGAACCGCGCUGGCCAGGUGGGGGCGCCACUGCUGGCCGAGCCCCAUGUUCCACUGCAGGAGCAUGAAUGGCCGGAUGAGGGCCUGACUGUAACCUCGCGCCGCACGGACCAACCGGAGAGCUGCAGUGUGCCAAGCUGCCACCUGGACAUAGGUGCUGAUCCUACACCCCAGGAGACUGUGCUGCACACUGCCCCGUGGCCCGAUUUCCCGCCGCGGCAGCCGGCUGACCACGAGGCCCCGGGACUGGCCAACGAGCAGGCGGCCCCCCCUCUCUCGCUGGCCGAGACGGGGGACCGAGGACAGCCCCAGCACCUCCUCAUCCAGGCCGAGGCUGCAGGACCACAUCCAGAGGCUCCCUUGCUGCCCAGUCCUGGAGGCCGGGCGGUGCAGCACCACCCAGGCCUGAACACCUACACAUUGACAGUGGCCACAGACCAGGGAGACACGCCCCUAGGCCUGCAGGAGGAUGUGGACCAGCUGACGCAGAUAAUUAAUCAGGGAGGACCCUCGUUUCGGCCGCAGUCAGAGCUGCCGGGCGCCACCCAUGAAUGCGUUACAAGCGCAGGAGUGGCUGCACAUGACUGUGGCUCUAGCGUGACAGAGCAGAAGUCCAUUUCUGAAGAUUUCUCUGGAGAACACAGGCAGGGGGCCCAGUUACUGAGGCAGUCGGAACAAUCCGAACCCCCCUCGUGCAGUGGAGGCUCUGAUGUCGAGGCGGACCCCUGUCUGCACCAUGGUGUAGAUUGUGGUGCUCAGGAGGAAAAGGAGGUGGGGGCAGCCCCUGUUUGCUUCACAGAGUCCAGGAACGAGUCAGCAGAUAGCAGAGACGCCGCCCUGGCUUUGGAGGUGGGGCCUGACCCAGCUUUCAGUGAGCUGUCUUGGGGAAGCCGGCAAGAGGAAACUGAUACUAACCUCGGCACAAUCAGAGUGCUGCAGGGCCGCCUGGGGGGGGCUGAUAUUUCGAGCCAGGAAGCAGUGAGAACAGCAGAAAGGGCGGGUGCAAAGCCGCCACACGAUAACGAAAAAUCAGUCCUUGGCGAGAGCACCAUCUCAACAGAUAUGGGCCACUCACACUCUCAGGAGAACCCAGGAACAUCCCAUGAUGAUUCUGAGAAGGUCUCUCGGGACCCAGCGCAGAUAGACGUGAUCAUGAAAGAAACCACAACCACUUCGGACUUACAGGAAGGAGAGGAAGGUGAAAUGGAGGCUACCAGUGUGGCAGAGGCAGAUCGCCCCACACGGGACCACUCAGAUUUAUCUGCCAGCCAGUGGGGUGGCCAAGACUUCGAAGGGGCUGUGGCCAGAGCCGAACAUCCGUGCCCCUCGACUAUUAGCGAGGCAGACUUAGAACUGGGGACGAGCCUUUGCGAACAAAGCCAGGAAACAGCUGCGGUGGAUUACGCUGAAGCAGACGGGAGCGACGGCCUCACACUGAAUAACAAGCAGCCUACGGAGGCAGAGUCCGUGCAGAAUGACUGUGGGGAGCUGGAUUUAGAGACGCAGGAGCCAUGCAAGCUGGACUGUGCCUCAGAAUUGACCCCCGAAACUAUGGCUGAAAGUGCAGAGGUCAAGAAGGAGAACUGUGACCAAGAUGAGAACGCGGCGUCCUGUGGGUCAGAAUUGGAAGCACAGUUCUGUGACUCGUUAGAGGCAUCUAUCCCGAUGGAGUUGUCCCUACCAGCAGAAUAUCAAAAUUGCUGUGAAAUUUCUACUCCAGAUCCUGCAUCAGAAAAUGGAGACGUCUUAUCUAAGGUAAAUGAGCCGACAGAAAAUGAUUUCCCUAACGCAAUAGAGGCUGAGUCUCUUAUAGAAAACAGUGAUGACAUGACAAGUGUCAUUUUGGGGGAUUUAAGUCAAGACAGCACUCAGCAUCCUCACAAUACUGAAGAGCACACUCUCGAGAUUGGCAUGGAGAAUACACUGUCAGAGGGAAAGGACCCUGAAGUAACUGCAACACAGGAAGGGGGUCCUACGGAGGUGGGAGAAACUAAUGGAAUCGUGCCUCUGCUUUCCGUUCCCUUUUCCAAUGAGGAGGAAGCCCUGAAUUCAGUGAUUGGCCCCACAACUGUAGAAGAGGAUAGAUCAGCAAUGUGUGGUGAAGUAACAUCAGCUCAGGAAUACAGUCUUGAGGGGGAGAUGGAAGACAAUGGAAGGUCCACUGCUGCAAACAGCAUUGACGUAAAAUCUGAAUCCUCACUCUCCAGUGAUUUAGAGGACAUAGGUGGAAAUAUCGGUGAUGUGGCUCUUGGAAAGAACAUCUCAAAUGAAGUGAUCUCCACAGAGGAAACGGUUCACCCGGCGGUCACGGACGUGAGCAAACCAUUAGAAGAAAGCAAAACUGUUGUGCAUCUAGAACCUGAGGUUCCCCCCAAACAGGAUCUCGAGGGCCAGUUGUUGCCUGACUCUGAGGUAUUGUGCAAUGAGAAACCACCGGAAUCUUCCGUAGAAGAUGUGCAAGCAGCCCCCUCACAUGACCAUCCUGGGACGGAUAUUGGCAGCCAAAAGGAGCAGAAGGACACUGACAGAUGUGAGGUGAUACAGGAAACACAGGAGACUGAGCCAGAGUCAAGUGUUACUCAGAAACCGCUCACAUCUGCGGACCAGCAGGUUGUGGGAGAAGGUCUCCUUCUUCCGGAGAACGACCAGACUGAUGGUCAUGAACACAGUACCUCCCAUUCUACCCCUGACGGCAGCCCUGUUGUGUCCGAGGAGAGUAUCCCACAUGAAGAAAUAUGUGUAAAUGGUGAGGAGUCGGACACUGCGGGUAGCAGUGUGGCAACAGGGAGCGCCAAUGAGGACACCGCUGAGGUGGAACUUCUUACCUCCAAUUCAGUUUUAGAGAAGGUCUCUGAGCAAAAAGACCCCGAAUCUCCUAUAGGGGAGGUUGUGACUCGCCGUAAUGAGCUGGCAGUUCCUGCCGGGUCCAUGGAGCAAGUGAGUGAGCUGACUGCCCCGGAUUCCCUGGGGCUCCGUUCUCCCCUGGACCGAGGCAGCAGCCCAAUUGCUGAGGCUGAACAUGUGCAAGUGGCAGAGAUGAUGGGGAAAGUGUCCGAGGAAGAGCCCAGUAACACGUCGGGCCAGGAGACCGUCGGCAGCGGAGAGGUCCCCACAGCAGCUGCAGCUGGAGAGGCAGCGGCCAGCGAGAAGGACUCGUCCUCCAGCGUGAGGAUGGAUGACGUAGGUGCUGUAGGGAUCCACAGAGAAAGGGACACCUUCCCUUCUGUCAAUUGCUGUUCAGAGCCCAAUGUCCUGGAAAGGAAGCAGAGCUCGGCUAGUCCUGAAUCCCCCGAGUCGCUCACCCCUCGCAGCACGGGGAGCUCGUUGUCCAUGCCACAGCGGGACUCAGGCAGCGACGCAGACUGCCUCUCCUGCACCGAUCCCGGGGAUGACGUCUUGUUCCGGAAGGGGGACGGAACAGCAACUGGAGACAGCAGUAGUGAGGUGUGGGCCUCCUGUUCCUCUACGGACGACACGGCCAGCACAGGAACGCCGGGCUCUGUCCGGGAGCAUCGUGCCCGGAAUGCCACCUUUGGCUCAGAUGAAGGGAGGCCCCCUGGGGAGGCGGGAGGCAAGGCUGGGGGUGUGGGAGGGGCCGAGGCCGAAGAGGAGGCCAAGGACAGGCUGACGGAGGUGCCGGCCCGCGCCACCAUCCUGCGUUCCUCGGUGCGCUCCCUGUCACCCCUCCGCCGCCACAGCUGGGGGCCAGGAAAGAAUGCGGUGGGGGAGGCAGAGCUGAGUCCACGCAGUACAUUGAGAAGGCCGGAGGACAGGAAGCCGUCAUUUCAUAGGAGGAGUUUGAGCUGGUGUCCCUUGGAUGGCCCUGGUCCCAACACGGACGAGAUCAGUACCAGAAGCUACAGCCUGGAGGGCCUGACCGCAGAUGGCGACGCCAAGGAGCCCCUCCCGCAAGUCAGCCCUCCGCGGGAUCCCGGGACGUCGUCCCAGCUGGACAGUGAAGACAGGGGGUCGCUGGUCUCCUUGACUGAGGAGGAACAGGAGUCCUACCUGGGGGACUGCAGCAGCCUGGACAGUCAGAACUCGAUGCGCAUCCGGCCCGUGAUGCAGAGCGGCUCGUCCAUGACUCUACCCCUGACCAAAUCCGUGUCCAUGCUGGCCAUCAGUCAGAAGGACCUGGACGGCAUGAGGUCUUCAUCCCGGACUCUGGGCUCUUUUUCGAACAGUAUUUCCGAGGAGGACCCUGGCCCACUGAGGAGUUAUACUGAAGGCAAGAGUGGGACCAAAGUGAGCCGCACCUUCAGCUACCUCAAGAGCAAGAUGUACAGGAAGAGUAAGGAGAAGGACAAGGACAAAAACAAGGAGAAAGACAAGGAGGUCAAGGAAAAGGAGAAAAAGACACUCAACGGGCACCUCUUCAGCACAGUCACCUCGCCCUUCGCCCAGUGCCACCAGUGCAGCAAGCCCAUUGGCAUGAAGGAUGCGUUCUCCUGUUCCAACUGUACUGCUCAUGUACACAAGGGCUGCAGGGAGAGUCUCCCCACCUGCACCAAGGUCAAAAUGAAGCUGCAGAAACAGCAAUGCACAGUACUAGAUGCAGCCCCGGUCCAAACCGUCACUAUGAGGCAGAAAACCACGCCGGUGCGGGAGCGACCUCGCUCGGCCAUCUUGAUCCCCGAAGAUGCCAGUAUGGGGGUGGCCCCCCGCCGGCCUGUCUCCAUUAUGCCCUUUCACACCAGCAACCUGUCCAAGAGCGUCUCCAUUAGCAACAUCCCAAGCCCCGUGCUGGACGACAUGCCCCUAAAAGUACAGCGCUACCUGUCCCAGUCCACCGACUCACUGCACAAGACCAGCAAGGUCAACGAGUCCAUGGAGUCACUGGCAGAUGAGGGCACGGAGAUGAUGGACAGCCAGCUCCUGGGCGAGUUCGAGGCUGACGCCAAGGAGCUGGAGGCCGAUUCUUGGAGCUUCACUGUAGAUAAGAAGUAUCUAAAGCACCUGAAGAAGGACGUCAUCAAGAGACAGGAUGUCAUCUACGAGCUGGUCCAGACUGAGAUGCACCACUUGCGGACGCUGAAGAUCAUGGCUGAAGUGUAUGGAAAGGGGCUGCAGAAGGAGGUGUUGCUGGCGACACAGAUGGUGGAGAAGAUCUUCCCAGCGAUGGAGGACCUGCUGGAGCUCCACACGCAGCUCCUGGGGCGGCUGCUGGAGAGGAAGCGGAAGUCGCAGAAGGAGGGCAGGGAGGGCGGCUUCCUCAUCCACAAGGUCGGGGACAUCCUGCUGGAUCAGUUUGCUGGGAAAAACGCAGAGCACAUGAAGAAAGUUUACGGCAAGUUCUGCAGCCGGCACAGCGAGGGGGUGAACUUUUACAAGGGGCUUCUGGCCAAAGAUAAACGCUUCCAGGCGUUCAUUAAGAAAAAGAUGAGCAGCACCAUCGUUCGACGGCUUAGCAUCCCAGAAUGCAUUUUACUGGUGACGCAACGAAUAACCAAGUACCCAGUGCUGCUGCAAAGAAUUCUGCAGCACACCAAAGAGAGCGAAGAAGACCACAAGGAGGUGGAGGAGGCGCUGCGGCUGGUGAAGGAGGUGAUUGCUGCCGUCGACGGCAAGGUGCACAAGCACGAGCGCAAACGGCGGCUGCAGGAGGUGCACGGGCGCGUGGACGGGCGCUCCAUUACUCGCAUGAAGAGCGGCCAGAUGUUCGCACGUGAGGACCUGGUGCGAGGCCGCAGCCUUCUCCGCGACGGGCCGUUGCAGCUCAAGACUUCGGCCGGUCGCCUCAAGGACGUCCUCGCCCUGCUCCUCUCUGACGUCUUGGUCUUCCUGCAAGAAAAGGACCAGAAAUACAUAUUCGCUCUACUGGACCAGCGCUCCACGGUGAUCUCGCUGCAGAAGCUCAUUGUCCGUGAGGUGGCCAACGAGGAGCGAGCCUUCUUCGUCAUCACAGCCGGCAUUGAGCAGCCCGAGAUGGUAGAGGUGCACGCCAACUCCAAAGAGGAGAGGAACACCUGGAUGCACUUCAUACAGGAAGCCAUGCACUCUGUGGGGAAGGAUGAAGACGAAGGGAUUCCGAGUGAGAAUGAGGAGGACAGAAGGCAACUGGAAACCAAGGCCAAGGAAAUGAGAGACCUGCUGAAAAAGACGGACGAGCAGAUCAUAGCGCUGCUGGAAGAGAAGGUGAAGGUGUUCAGGGACUUGUGCAACUGCAGCAAAAAUGAUGAGAACCCCACCAGGGCCGCAGCGAUGUUCCACACCGGUGCAGAUGACUCACUCAAAGGGGAUCACAUCAUGCAGGACACCCUGAAGGAAGUGGAGAGGCUGCAGUCUCUGCUGAAUGUUGACCUUAGUGGCGGUGGAGGACUUUCAUGUCUACCUCGCAGGGCAGAGACCUUCAGCGGCUUUGACAGCCAUCAGAUGGCUUCCAAACACGGGGACCCGGGUGAGGACUCUGCAGAGCUACGCAGGACAGAGUCUGACGGUGUCCUCAAAAAGGGGGGGGAUAUCAGCCUGGCUCUCAUACUAAAGAAGAACAGCGAGGUCCUUCACAGCGUGACCAGAAUUCAUGAGCUGUUGAACACGUUACAGGCCGUGGUGGUCCAGCAAGACACACUCAUUGAGGACCAGCGGCAGGCCCUGAGCGAGCGCCCCCCCGCUGUGAGAGUCCCUUCUCGGCCCAGCUCGCUCCUGGAGCAGGAGAAGCAGCGUAGCCUGGAGAAGCAGAGACAGGAGGCAGCCGAGCUGCAGAAGCAGCAGGCCGCGCAUGCCGAGGAGCGCCGCCGGCGCGAGCGUCAGUGGAAGAUGCGGGAGCAGGAGCUGGCCGAGCGUGAAGCCAGCCUGCAGGUGCAGGAGGAGGAGGCAGGCCGGCAGGAGCGCGAGCUGGAGGAGUCUCGCCGGGAGCUGCUCGAGCGUAAGGAGGAGUACCAGCGGGACCUGGAGAGGCUCCGGGACGCUCAGAGAAAGCUGGAUAGGGAGCGCAUGGAGAUGGAGAAGAUAGAGCAGGAGCAGAGGAAGGAGCGCACCCCAUCCAGCACCUCCGAGGACUCCCUGAAACUCCAGAGCCCCAGCCUGGACAGGGACCCCGGGGACUGCGAGCUGUCCUCAUCCCCAGGCAAGGACUCCAUGAUGAUGCGGAUGGGCUCCAAGCGGAAGGGGAGGAGCCUGAACCCCUUCGCCCUGAACUCCAGCCACAAGGCGCAGGCACCUGAGGCACAGCCUCAGCUUACGGGCCGCCUGCUGCAGCUGGCAAAGACCAAGGAGAAGAAGGAGAAGAAGAAGAAGAAGGUCAAAGAGCAGCUCUCGCAGCCAGGAGAGCCUCUGCUCACCCAGGAGCCCCACGUGGAUGGAGAAAUCUACUUCUGCUGAGUCUCCACUGCCGCUCACCGAUAUCCCAUGAUGACCUGCUGCCGGGGAGUAAGGCUAAACCGAUCUCAUGGACAGCUUCCCCUACAGCCCAGAGUGGGUGCCACGGUUCGUCUGCGGGGGCCAGGCACCCAGAGGGCUGACCUCUGACUUCUCUAUGAACUCGACAAGUGCAAUGGACUGCAGAAACACAAUCAAGAGGCACAUGUACCUUCCGAAACGCAGCCGUCAAACAGCACUGGGCCUGUUCAGGUUGAAAACUGGGGUUUAACAGUAAAAAUUGACGAUUUUUCAGCAGGCCGUUUCGGUUCCUCUCUGCGCUCCUAGAGCUGUGUGUUUCCCAGCAUCUAGAACAGAAUAUUACAAGUUCUUUGAAAAGAUAAACCUUUUGCAGGAGGUUGCCUUCAGUUGCAUUCCAUAAGCCCACGUUUUCCAUACCCCAAAACUCGUGCUCAUCGGUUUAGUUUUUCCAUCUUGGUCCAGCAGAGUUGUGGGAAUAAGAGGCAGGAGUUAGCAGGAUUAAUUACCAGAUGUGCAUUACUGAUGAUAAAAGGGGGGAGGGGUUGAGGGGUGGUGUUAAUGGGGAAUGUCAGCCAAUGGCAGGGUCUGUAGAAGGGCUGGGUCUUUUGUCAGGAGCCUGGUGUCUGAGAGGUGGAGAGGCAGUUGGACCAACAAGGAGCUAGAUGGGUAGGACAGGCGAAGCUGCUCUCUCCCCAAUACAAUGGACAGAUUCACUGGCCUUCGGGGGGAGCCACACUGAAGCUAUCAGGGGAAGUGCAGUGUACUGGGAGUACUUUGGAGCUCGCAGCAUAACUCCCACUAUACACUUUAAAAUGUUUCUUUCGUAAUUUAAAUUUGCUCACAAAAAGAUUCACUGAAGAAGAAAGACAAUAAUGAAUCUGGCUGGAGCAGAAGGACUAUCAUAUCAUAGUGUUUUUAAAACAAUCAUGUUUAAAUGAACCUCUUUUAAAAAAAAAAAAUGCUUAUUUGCUUCCUGACACUGAUAUCACAUGCGCAAUCGGUCUUGCAAUGUCAAAACUCGCCACUGGGAGGAACCAAGGGGCACAACAUGUGGUUGAAAUUUUUAAAACAUUCCACCUGGAACGACAGCCGUUUGUGAAAAACAAGUCAAGCUACUGUAGAGUGUGAUUUGUGUCUGGCGCAGAGAGCAGCCUGCAUCUGUGUCUCCAUUUGAAUAUCGUGCUUUUAGUCUCGUUUAGGAAACAUUUCAGCCCAAUAGAAACACCUGCGUUUCGGCGUAUCAGCUAACCGGAACACUUUAGCAUUAGCUUAAAAUGCUGACUAGCCUGCUUUUUCUUUUCAAUUAAAAACUAAAUUUCAUUUAAGCCUACAACUUUUUCAAAUCCGCUUUUAAACUAUGAUAGCGACUUGGCCUGGAAUUAAUUAAUUAAAACCAAUUUCCUCAGUACACUUGGUAUUUUCGUAUUUGGCCAGUCUGUGGCUGGAAAGUGGCUUUUUCCCCUCUACACUGUUAACAAACUGAAAUGUGGCUCUUCGUAUGACUUAAGCUGUUGUUUGCCAAAAUUUCAGAUUGUUAUGUCACACAGCUACCACUAGAAUGCACUGUUGCAAUACUCAAAUGGACAUAUGGCGUCUCGCUUUAAGGAAAAAUCUUUUUAAUACGAAUCGUUAGUAAGGACUGGAUUUAAGGGUCUGUGGUGUAUGCAUAUAUCAACACAUAUGCAUGUUUUCCUCAUUAAUGUUACAGUAGCCUGUGGCCUUUUAUCUUCUCUAUAAAACUUUAAAUAUAGGGAUUACAUUUCAAAUGAAUACUCAUCCUUUAUUAAUACUAAAUAAGUCUGCAUUAAUUCUGUUCAGCUAUUCUGAUUGAUCUUUCCAGGCUGGUCGUCUAUUUGUACAACGUCUGUUGAAGCUUUCCUGGAAAAAAGGAACUGAAAUUCUGCAAGUGAAUUUAGGACUACUGGAUUACAUAUUUAUGUUUUUUUUUAUCAUAAUACAGAAACUAUGUAGCCUUAUGCUAAAAAAACAAGAUGCACUAUAAUAUGGCCCCUGCUUCUCUGGAAAGUCCAGAAUAGGUGUUUAUACUGAAAUUUGUUAGUAUUAAAGGUACAUUAUUCAUGCUGAAUUUUGUAAAGAAAAUGGGUAAAACAUGUAAAUAUGUUUAUGUAAAAAAAGUAACUGUAAAAUAUAUAUUAUAUAUAUUGUGAUCUAUGUGGCCUUUUUCUAAUGAGACUUUAUUUAUCUCUGUUCUCCGUUGUGGGAAAUUGAGAAUUACAGAGUUUAUUUCUCAUAAUAAAUAACAGUUAUGAUAAGUUUG